AUGCCAUCUCCACGGUCGUCAGAGGACUCGAAGCACGUCUCCUCGUCCGCGCCGUCUCCAAGCAUCCCCGAUACUGCGGGUCCUACCGAUGUAGGGCCAUCUUCGUCUAAACAAGACUUCCCAGUCGACGUCGAAAGGCUGUCGGCCGACCGCAGUAACCUUGCACCUCGCGACCCCUUCCAGCUGUCUCGUGGUCUCCUCACAGACAGCCAGUUGACCGAACUUCGUCGUCGCAAGAGGGGCAAGAAGGUGGCCAAGUACCACUCCAGACAGAAUGAGCUCAUAUCCUCUUUGCUCAAGCCUAUGGACGAACAUACAGAGGAUGCACGAAACGAAGAAGACGCUGCUCGCUUGCCAAUCAAGAUCGCCGUCCGUGGGAGUCUUAUCGCGAACUUUAUACUCGCCGUCUUACAGAUGUAUGCCGCUAUCUCAUCCAUCUCCCUAUCUCUCAUCGCCACGGGUAUCGACUCGCUCUUCGACGUCGGAAGCAACCUCCUGAUGUAUUACAUCUACCGCAAGGCAGGCCGUUUGGACGUCAACAAAUGGCCGGUGGGUGGCGGUCGCCUGGAGUGCAUCGGGAACGUAGUCUAUGGAUCACUCAUGGGUGCAGUGAACCUUGUGGUCAUCGUAGAGUCGGCCCGCGACCUCAUCUCGAAGGGCUCGGACAAGCCCUUCAACGUCUCUGCCAUCAUCGCCGUUGCCGUCGCUUGGUUUGUCAAGUUUAUUCUGUUUGUGUACUGCACGUCGCUCCGCAAAAAGUCCGCCCAAGUACACAUGCUCUGGGAAGACCACCGUAAUGACCUCUUCAUCAACGGCUUCGGCUUGCUCAUGUCGGCCGGCGGCAGUAAGCUUGUCUGGUACUUGGACCCCAUGGGUGCCAUCAUCAUUGCUGCAAUUGUCAUCGCAUCUUGGAUCAAUACCAUCUACGGCCAGUUCGAACUGCUGGCUGGUAAAUCGGCGCCGCACGAGUUCUUACAGCUGCUUGUAUAUAAUGCCAUGACCUUCAGUGACGAGAUAGACAAGGUCGAUACUGUGCGAGCAUAUCAUAGCGGACCCGAAUACUUUGUUGAGAUCGACAUUGUCAUGGACGCUAGCACUCCACUCUGGAAAGCGCACGACAUCAGUCAGCAGCUCCAGGACAAGAUCGAAGUCCUACCUAACGUCGAGCGCGCGUUUGUACACGUGGAUCAUGAGACAACACAUACUCCUGAACAUCGAAAGCAAUAG